UAGGCGGGGUCAAAGGUAAUUUUGUACGUCUGCGUGGUAGUUUGGCGCCAGCGAUUUCGCGGGGGAACAGAGACCAGAGAAGAAGGGAGAAUAAAUCUUUAAAUCCAUGGACUCAGAGAGAUCCAGAGCAGAGAUCUAAACUCCUCACAGAGAAGAGGACUCUGAGAAUCCUGCUGCUCACUGCUGAUCCUUCAACCUGAGAGCUCUGGAGACAGCAGAGGGAGGACUCAGCUCUGCAGGAAACACUGAGGCAUUGAGGAGGUGAGAGGUAAUAAUGAUGGCGACGGCAGGGCCUCCGAGCAGCUCCAGUUUCCUCCCCCUGCUGGAGUCUGUUGAGGACAGCGCUGCCGGGCAGUCGGAGCAGACAGACGCUUACCUCACUAUAGCAAACCGGCUCAGUGGAGAGGAGGGCCGCCAGUUUCUCCCUGCAGUUGAAAAGCACUUUCCUCGUCUGGGUAAAGCCACCUUGGGUCACAUAACCAGUCCCAACGCAGAGCUGAGCCAAGCUGCGCUGCAGGCUUUAGGGUUCUGUGUUUACCAUUCUCAUGUCGUCUCUGCAGUUCCUGAAACACUGGCAGCAGAAAUCCUCUCAGCACUUUGCUCCCUGGUGGUCAAAUCCACAGAUAAGAACACGUGCACCAGAGCAUUAUGGGUCAUCUCCAAACAGAGCUUCCCUCCAGACGUGGUGGCGAAGAAAGUGCCGUCUAUCCUGGGAACGCUGGAGGGCGUGUGGAGCCGAGAGGACAUCCAGUCAGUGGUGAUGGAGCACGAGGCGUUGAACGUGGUCAUCAGGUUGCUGGAGCAGGUACCGACUCCGAUGGGAGAGGGAGCAGUUCGGUGGGCGAAGCUCGUCAUCCCGCUGGUCGUCCACUCGGCGUCCAAAGUGCGCCUACGAGCCGCCGCAGCCAUGGAGAUGGGCAUGCCUCUGCUGCUUCAGAAACAGACGGAGGUGGCGGCGAUCAUGGAACCCAUGAUGUCCUCAAAACUGAUCCCCGAGCUGCAGAAGCUUUUCAUGUCCAAGAAUGAAACCAACGUCCUGAAGCUCUGGCCGUUAUUCGUGAAACUGCUGGGGAAGCUGCUGCACAGAGGAGGACCCUUCAUCAACUCUCUGCUGCACCUGGAGGAACUCGGUUUCCGCAGCUCCUCUCCCACCAUCAAGAAGAUCGCCUUCAUCGCCUGGAAGAGCCUCAUCGACAACUUCGCCCUCAACCCAGAUAUCCUAUGCAGCAGCAAACGUAUGAAGCUCCUGAUGCAGCCGCUCGCAUCCAUCAACGUCAGGACGGAGGCCCUGAUGCUCACUAAGGUGGAGGUGUGGUGGUACCUGGGGGUCCAGCUCGGACCUAACCUGUCGGCAAACUUUGACCUGGUCUCUGUCCCUCUGCUGCAGUGCACCAUCGGCUCUGAAUCCGCCACAGUCCCAGGAACUCCUUCCAGAGCCGUCAAUCAGAACGGUUCAGUUACACCUGGAACCCCGAAGCCUCCGGGCACGCCGGGCUUCAGCAGUCCAGCCAACACGUCUCGGAUGAGCCUGAACUCCAGCGUUCAGUACCCAUCCACCUUCCCGUCCAUCCAGCUGCUGGGCCUGGAGAUGUUGCUACACUUCCUCAUGGGACCAGAAGUCAUCGCCUCAGCAGCCAAGAACAAGCUAGUCCUGAGUCUGGAGCCGCUGAACCAUCCUCUCCUCAGCGGAGCUUCCUCUUUCACCAAACACGCUGUGGUGCUCACCUCCAACAUCAGAGACGGAUUCAUCAACAUCGGGAAAGAAGCUCCAGACGCCCUGCUGGCCGUCAUAUGGACCAGUCUCGUCCGCUUCGUCAACUUCACGAUAGAGUCCGUAGGCAGUAAGAAGGACCGUCAGGGCUGUGAGGUCCUGACUCUGACGCUGCAGGCUCUGCAGAGCAUCGUGUCCUCAGAGGCGCUGCCUGCAGACAAAGUUCUGAUCCUGUUUGAGGCCACGGUGAAAGGGAUCCCUCAGAGAGUCCUCGGGUCCGCCUCGUAUCAAGUGGGGAAGAUGGACGUUCUGAAUGGGACGCCGGCUCUGUUCCUCAUCCAGCUCCUCUACAGCAGCAGCAUGCUGCCGGCCUACAUCGAGGACGAGAGGUUUUUCCUCUGCCUUGAGAACCUGGUGGGCUGCGGUCUGUCCGGUCACACUUCCCCUCUGGCGUUUGUGGAGGCGGUGCUCGGCGCCAUCCGCCGCAGCGCUGCGACUCUGCAGAACAAGGAGCAGCUGUGGAGGAUGUGGAGCGUGAUGGUCGGCCCGCUCAUCGACACCGUCACACAGUCGAAUGAAGUCAACCAAGGAGACGCUCUGGAGCACAACUUCAGCGCCAUGCACUCUGCCCUGCUGUUCCCCGUCACACACCUGCUGCCCGGCACUCCUCUGCAGCAGGCGUCUCAGAAGUCGAUGCUCUCCACGUGGUCCAAACUCUACAAGGUGUUCGCACGCUGCUCUGCGCUCGUGGUCACAGCCGAGGAGAACAUCUGCUGCGAGGAGCUCUGUGCAAAGAUGACGGCAGCUAUAGACAGAGACGCCCUGAAGGUUCCUUCCACUCUAAGCGCCGUCUCCAGCGUCCUCCAGGUCAUGGUGGAGUGUGUUGACUUCUCACCGUACACUCCUCAGUUUCAGCAGAAGCUCAAAUCUCCUCACACUCCAGUGAACUGGAUGAAGAAGAGGAGUAAGGUCCUGGGGAACCUGACCACCUUCCAGUCCCUGCUGCUUCAGUGUUUGGAUGAGUACCUGCAGGACUCUGAGGCUCCCUCUGAAGCCACAGGUCUGGCUCUCGUCUCCAUCCUGUCCACGUUAUUCUCCAACCUCGUUCUCGCCAACACCGUCACGGAAGCUCUGACCUCCCUGACGCGACCGCUCACACUUCUCUACAAACAAGCAGCCGGGGAGCCGCCCAGGUUCUCCUCACAGCUGCUGGGGAAGUGUGAGAAGCUUCUCUCGGACGUCCUCGGCUGCCUGCAGACUCGCUCUACUUUGGCGUAUGACAGCGAGCUCCUGGCUCUGCUGUCUCCUCUGCUGUGUGUGUUGUUGCCUCACAAGAACAAGCAGCUCCGCAGCUCCGUCACACAGUUCUGGAACGGCACCUUCGCCAACUCAGUCAGCCUCACCUACCCCGACGAGAUCAGACCGAUCCUGAGCCAAGUGAAGCAGAAGACCCCGAUCAUUCUUCCUGGGUUUGAGGUCCUCAGAGUUCCUGAUGAGCUCAGUGAACAGUACUCUAGUGAGAGCUCCCAGAUGGAGACCAAGCUCAGCGGGAUGCCGGUUACGUCUGUGGGGAAGAGGGACUCGAUGCUGGGGAAGACUCCUGAGGCGAAGGAGAGAAGCUCCAUGAAGACCCCCAAACCGGUGUCUACUAAACUGGACUUCGGCUCGCCCAAGCCUCCUCGCAGAGAGGUCUUAGAGGAAGAGGCGUCCAUCGACUUCGUCUUCAUUCCUCCUGAGACGAAGGAGCGAGUUCUGACGGAGCACCAGAAGGAGGUGAAGAGGACGAAGAGGGUCGACAUCCCCGCCAUGUACAACAACCUGGACGCCUCCCUGGACACGACCGUCUUCAGCCAGUACACACAGAGCCAAGAGGACUCUUUGGACAAACUGCCCGCUGAGCAAGCUGUUACCAAAGAGGCUCCUGUCGAGGUUCCUCAGGACAAAGCUCCGAAUGAGGAAGAUGCUGAAGUUCUGAUAGAGGACACUCAGGACUACGUGAGCCCCAAAGAUGCUGAGACAGAAAACCAGAAGCAGGAAGAGAUGAUCCCUGAAUCCACAGACGUGUCCAUGGAGGACGUCUCCAAGAGUGAAGACAAAGAAGAGGACUCUGAAAUCCAAACCAAACAAGGCACAAGUCCCAACAUCUCUGGUUCUUCAGAUCUGGUCUCAGGGACUCCCCAGAAACCCAACAGCCGCCGUCAGUCCUUCAUCACUCUUGAGAAGUACGCCGAGGGAAAACCUGCCAGUCCGAGCGGCGGGUCCAAGUUCACAGGUCCUCUCGCGAAGACCUCCAAUAGCCAGGAACGCUCUGACACCAAGAAGUCCUCCUCUCAGGCGUCCGCAAGUCAAGAUUCUCAGGAGUCCCAGUCCACUAAGGCAGGAAAGGUGAGUCCUGUCAAAGGGACUCCAGAGUCCCCUGUAACACCAAAAGACUCUGGGACCAGAUGUGAGCCAGUGAGGCUGACUGACAGACUGCCGAGUGACACAACUGAGGAUGACGAUGUGAUCCCGGACACGCAGACUGAAGCUAAGGAGAGCAAGGAGGUGACUUCCACGUUACAUGAAACCGAAUCCUCAAGCCAGGAAGAGGAUUAUGACCCUCAGACUCUCGAUGACUCUCAGUCCUCUGUGACCGAGACCUCUCCAGGUGAACCCAGACGGUCUGGGCGCCAGAGGAUCAAACCUCUGUUGCCUGGAGAGGAACCAGAGGAACGGGACCAGAAGUACUCUAAAAGGAAACGCUCUGAAGGCGAGUCCAAAGGUGAGUCCUCCUCGGUUCAGAGCAGACCGAACACGAGGAGUAAGAACGCUGCUGAGGAGGACAGCGGCAGACUACGAACAAGAGCUCAGAGAGACAAGGGGGAGUCCAGCCAGACCAGCUCUCAAGGACGGGCACACAAGAAGAUGAGACUUUACAGCAACUCGCAGGACUUCAUGGAUCAACCUGAACCCAGGAGGAGGAGCAUGAAGGACCGCAGGUCCAGCCAGACUGACCUGAAGUCUGACUCCCAGUCGGACAGCCAGUCACAGGGUAAGGCCGGUCGCAGGAGCAGGUCUUCACUGGAGACUAAGGAGGAAGCUGGAACGAAGAAGAAGACUUUACCUGACAAAGGAGAGUCCAGCCAAACGGACUCGCAGUCUGAUAGUCAGUCUGAGCAGGCGAGCCAGUCUCGAGGUAAGACCGGUCGACGGAGCAGGUCGGCGUUGGAGAAGAAGGAGGAAGCUACGAGCGCCAACAAGGACUUACCUGAAAAGGAGUCCAGCCAAACUGCAGCACCCGAGCUCGGACCAGAGGAACCAGAUACAGAUAAGCUAACGGAGGAUUCUACUACGAUCACUGCCGCCCCGAUAACCAGCAGCGACUCCCAAGAGUUCGACCUCAAAGAGAAGACCAAGGGAGACCAGGAUUCCCAAAUGGUCCCCUCUUCUCCUCCUAAGCACUCCCAAGAUAAAACCAGUACUUCCAGUAACUCUCUGAAUGUGUCAGAAGUCAAAGAGGAGACAAGAAGCAAAGCGUCGUCUGAUUCAGGAGGUCAAUCCCAAGAGUCUGAAGGUGUAGAGACUAAGAAGAACAAGGACUCUCAGGUAGAGGUUUCUUCUCAGAGCAAGGACUCCCAAAACAGAACAAGUACGCUAAACGAGUCAGUCAAAGACAAGACACACGAAGGGACUCAGGUCCACCUCAGUCAGGAGGACUCCCAAGAGGUCUCAGCGUCCUCCUCUGAGAGCCAGUCUCAGUGUAAAUCCAGAAGAAGUAAGGCUUCCUCUGAUUCUCAAACCGGCACCGCUUCUCAAACUGAAGGUCAAUCCCAAGAGUCUGUCAAAAAGGAGAAAAGAGAUUCUCUCAUGGACUCUUCUUCUCUAGCCGAGGAUUCCCAAGGAGAAACUCGUACAGCCAAGAAGCUCACGAAUGAACCAGAGGUCGAAGACAAACCAUCGGAGAGCCAAUCUCAAAGUGAACCGAGAGGAACCAAGACCUCUUCAGAUUCUCAGACGGUCCCUGAAGGCCGAUCCCAAGACUCCCAGACUAUUACAAAGACCAAGAAGGAGAGAGAUUCUCAGGUGGAUGUUCCUUCCCAAGAAGAAACGAGUACCGCUGAGAAGCUCGGAAAUGAACCGGAUGUUGAAGGCAAACCUAACCAAGAAGACUCUCCAGUGGUCACACCGUCCGAAAGCCAAUCUCAACGUAAACCUAGAAGAAGCAAGGCAUCAUCUGACUCUCAGACGGUCCCUGAAGACCAGUCCCAAGACUCCCAGACUGUUAGAAAGACCAAGAAGGAGAAAAGAGAUUCUCAGACGGACGAACACAAAACAAAAGAAAGUGAAGACCAACUCAGUCAGGAGAGUUCUUUAUCAGAGAGUCAGACUCUACGUAAAUCAAGACGGAGCAAGACCUCCGAGGCCCCAGAACCUGAAGACAAAACUAAAAACAAGGACUCAUCAAGACGGCAGAGUAGAUCCAACUCUCAGGCCACGUUAGACGCUACUGAACAGGUGGAGACCAAAACUGGAGGGAGGACCAGAAGGAGCAUGGCUAAAGAGGAGCAAUCGAAAUCCAGUCCCAGCUUAGAGGGUUCCCAAUCUUUAGAUGGUUCAGAGUCCUCUCAGGGCAGGGGCAGGUACUCCAGGAGGUCUUCUCAAGCUUUAGUCCCCAGCGUUGAGUCCUCGGGGUCUGGAACCCCAGAGAACAAAGAGAGUCCUCGAGUUCCCAAAAAGAGAGGGAGGAAACCUCGAGCGUCUCUGCAGAGUCCUCUCACGGUUAAUAAAGAUGAAGACACGGUCAUGGAGGACUCUCAGUCCUCUCAAACACACGAGUCACAGAGUGCUGAGACUCCAACAUCAGCAGACGUGGAGGAUCCAAUGAACCAUUCACAGAUCCCUGAACCUGUGGAGGAUAUCAGUCCCGCUGAGGAGCAACAAGACGAAGAGUCAGCGAUGGAGGUAGAGGAUCCUGUUUCUGAGAAAACUGAGACCGAAGCCUUAAAGAACAGCCAAACCCUCACAGAGUCUCCUCCCAAAGAGGAACCAAGACCAGAGGACUCUGAGAGAAACACUGAGAACCCUUCCUCACGAGAGACCGGGGACUUGAAAUCUGUGGAAUCAGUUGAGAUCACGGCUGAACAGACCGAGGAGAAUCUGCCCGCUGACUCAUCUCCUGUUGAUGAAGUAGCGCCCCCCGGUGAGGCAGCAGAGCACCUGCAGGUCUCAGAGUCUCCAGAGGACGGAGCUGAAGGGUCCGAGCCGGGUGACGAAGUGGAAAAGGAUCAAAAUGAAAACUCAGAUUCAAACGAUGAAGAACGUCCGGAUGUCCCCGUAGAGGACUCGACAGGAGGAAGCCACGACGUCUCACUCUGUCCGACUUCCACGGAUGAUAUUCCAAAGGAGGAAGACGACAUCGCACAAGCACAGGAGAGCGAUUCAGACGCCAAAUCCCAGAUCCUGGACUGUCAGGGUGUGGAGGAAGCUCAGACCACCAGCUCUGAGAACGACGUGGAUGUGAAUCUGGAUCCAGCUCCAACAGACUCUUCUGAUCCUUCAGAGUUUCCAGAAACGACGAGCAACCUGGAGAACUUUGAGAAGCUUCACGGCUCUCCGGCAAAGCUGAAGGACCUGGAGGCGGUGAUGGGUCAGGAUGUGGGCCAGAGUCCCAUUGGUGGCAGAACCAGAGGAUCCUGGUCUCCUUCAGCUUCCCCUUCAACCAGUAUCCUGAAGAAGGGUCAGAAGAGACCUCUGGAGGACGAGACGCCCUCUCCUCUGGUCAAAUCUCGGCGUGUUUCAUUCGCCAACCCGAUCCAACAUCAGGAAACGGCAGACGACAUCGAUCGACGCAGCCCGGCUCUGAGAACCAGCUCGCCAAGAAGAUCCAAAGUCAGCGGGAUCCCUCAGCCCAAGUACAUCACCACUCCAACAAAGGGGAUGCUGAUCCUGAGCCCCAGGAACCUGCACAGUCCGGGGUACAAGAGCUCCAAGAAGUGCCUGAUUUCUGAGAUGAGCCAGGAGCCCCGACCCGUCUCCAGAGACUGUAUCUACCCUGCUCUGGUGGGCUGCUCCACACCUGUAGAAGCUGUUCUCCCUCAGAUCUCCUCCAACAUGUGGUCUCGAGGUUUCGGGCAGCUUGUUCGAGCCAGGAACAUCAAAACCGUGGGAGACCUCAGCGCUCUGACUCCGGGGGAGAUCAAGACUCUGCCGAUCCGCUCCCCAAAGAUCUCCAACGUGAAGAAGGCGCUGAAGAUCUACGAGCAGCAGCGUAAAGGACGAGGCGUCGACGAGCUGAAGAGCUUCGAUGAGACGGAGAUGAUGACCUCUGAACUGGAGGAGACCAGCGCCCCUCAAAACCAGGAUGAGGAGGACAAGGUGUCAGGAGAGACGCUGGCGAUGGCUCUGCUGGACGAGCCGGUCCUUCCUGCAGACCUGAAGCCAGAGAUGGACGCCUCCAGGUAUCACACACCUGACACGUCGCUGGGAGGUCAGAGCGCCGAGGGAGCGCUGCAGGGAGAGGGUCUUCCUUCAGACGUGGACGCUCUGAGCUGCAGGAUGACUCCUCUUGAACUCGGUCAGUGCUCGGCUCAGCAGCUGGUUCAGAUCCACGAGCAGCUAGGAGGCAUGAUGAGGAGCGUGGUCGUGGAGCUGCAGACACGACUCUGCCAGAUGGAUGGAAAACCCUGAACGGAUCACUUCCUGGUCUGCAGCAACAACAACAACAACAACAACAUGGACGGAUGUGGAACGGAGGCUUUGUUUCUGAAAGAUGACUUAAAUCAGAUUUUACAAGAAAGUAUUUUUAACGUUUUUAACCCCAGAAGGCCUUUUGUCUCCGAUUCAGUUUUUAAAGACGUAUCCUGCUUGUUGUUUGUAGCUUGAUUUGUUGGCGUAGUUUUUAAAAUGACACUCAAAGGGAAGCACGGUCACACUUUGGAGGCUGUGUCGAGAGCAGGAGGCGAUUAUUCGUAGCUGUAGUGUCGUCACGGACGCCGACUUCCUGCUGCCCUCUCUGACUUUAUAUUACAGACUAAUGUGUGUAGAGAGAUGUCCUGCUGCUGACGCCUCCCAGUUUUUGUACAUACGCUCCCCUCUCCUCCAUGUGCCUGUUAAUCGGCUGUUUACAUUCACCUCCUCAGUGCUCCUGUAUAUUUUGAAGGAUUUCUUUUCUAUUAUUUCACGUCUUUCAGGUCACAACGCAAACUCUAGAUGGUUUAGUAAACAUUCUGCACUUCA